UCUCUAUAUAUUGCGGCUCGUCCCCCGGCCAUAGCCCUCGCACGCUCAGGCAUUCCUACUCCCAGCUUCUGCCCUCCUCUCUUCGUUCUCUCUCGUCUCCUCUUCUCGAUCGAGCGCUCGAUCUGCGGCCCUGUUGUUGACCUGCGAAACGCCGGCCUGAGACGUCGAAGCGGGCGUGGUGACCAGCAGAUGGAUCCAUGGAUCAGCAGCCAGCCUUCUCUGAGUCUUGACCUGCACGUCGGCCUGCCGCCGCUCAGCCGCCACCAGGCGCCGGUCGCCUUGGCCAAGCCCAAGGUGCUCGUCGAGGAGAACUUCCUGCAGCCUCCAAAGAAAGAACCAGAGGUCGCGGCCCUCGAGACGGAGCUCCAGCGGAUGAGCGAGGAGAACCGGCGCCUGGCCGAGGCGCUCACGGCGGUGGCCGCCAAGUACGAGGCGCUGCGGAGCCAGUACACGGAGAUGGUCGCCGCGGGCGCCGCCACCACCACCGGCCCGUCCUCCGCGUCGGAGGGCGGGUCGGUGUCGCCGUCGCGGAAGCGCAAGACGAGCGAGAGCCUGGACACCGCGGCGGCGGCGCCGGGCGCGCAGCAGCACCCGCACGGCCUGCACGGCGGGCAGCACCCGGGCGCCGCGGCGCCGCCGGACCAGAUGGAGUGCACCUCCGGCGAGCCGUGCAAGCGCAUCCGGGAGGAGUGCAAGCCCAAGGUGUCGAAGCUGUACGUGCACGCCGACCCGUCGGACCUGAGCCUGGUGGUGAAGGACGGCUACCAGUGGCGCAAGUACGGGCAGAAGGUGACCAAGGACAACCCCUGCCCGCGGGCCUACUUCCGGUGCUCCUUCGCGCCGGCCUGCCCCGUCAAGAAGAAGGUGCAGCGGAGCGCCGACGACAGCACCAUCCUGGUGGCCACGUACGAGGGCGAGCACAACCACGUCCAGCCCCCGCCGGCGCCGUCGCAGCAGGCGCACGACGGCUCGGGCGCCAGCAAGAACGCCGCGAAGCCGCCGUCGCCGCCGAGGCCCGCUGCCGCCGCCGCCCCGGCGACGCCUCACCACCCGCAGCUCCUCCACCACCAGCAGCAGCAGCAGCAGCAGCAAGACGUCGUUGCGGCGAUGAGCGGCGGCGGGGAGCCCGUGGGCGCGGCGGCCGCGGCGGCGUCGGAGCUGAUCCGGCGCAACCUGGCGGAGCAGAUGGCGAUGACCCUGACGAGGGACCCCAGCUUCAAGGCGGCCCUCGUCACCGCGCUGUCCGGCCGGAUCCUCGAGCUCUCGCCCACCAAGGAUUAACAUACCAUCACCAUCACACGAGAUUCUUCUUGGUUGCUCAGAUUUUCUCGCAGCCAUGGUCAACUGUUGUUGGCCUUCCUCUGCUCACUGUUCUGGCAAAACAGCGAGAACACUGGACAUGAGGAUCUGCAGUUCGGCAUCAGGAAUUCAGGAUCAACCGCGCCGCGCGCAUCCGGACAUGGCGCGGACCGAAGAUCAUCACGGCGGGUGGUCUGAUCGGCCGGCGAGAUGGUCGAGUUUAGCAGAUCGAAAAUAGCACAGGAAACAACAUGAAACUGUACAAUCCUUAUAGGCAAAAAACAUUGUUCGCCCAUUUUUGCUUGAUCAAAUGAAAUCAAUAUUUUUUUUUUGAAGAAA